UUCAGUGGAUUCAGGAGUAUUUCAGCACACAGGUCAUAGGCGGUACCGUUAGCGUGGAUACCUUCUUCUUACUUUCAUCGCUUUUAGUAAGCUACAACUUUUUCCAACACGUGGAGAAACGAGGAAAUAUCAACAUACUCCUUAUGUACAUAUACAGUUGUUGCUGGGUAUGCUACUGUCACGAAACACUUUGGAUCUGGACCCAAGUGGACGCAAUUCUGCGAGAGUCUUCUAGCUCCUUGCCAGAAAUAUUGGUGGAGUGCUGUGCUUCACGUACAAAGCUACGUCAACCCACAUGCACCGUGCGUCAUACAGACUUGGUACCUGACAGACGACAUGUUGAUGUUCUAUUGCUCACCGGUAGUGUUGAUACCGCUAUGGAAGUCGCCAAUCUACGGCAUGCUGAACUGGCUUCUGAUCUACAUACUUUCCAUAGUUGUCAGCUUCUGGUUAGCCUGGGUGCAUGAAUAUGAUGGUGGUAUGCCUAUGAC